CUCUCUUUAAAGGAAGGGAAGAACUUGGUUGGAGGGAAGCUGGGUCCCGGAAGGAUAUGGCUUCCAGUUCUCUGACAACACUUAAACACGAUUUGACAUGAAAUAAAUUUGGAAUAUUUUACGAAAAUGCCACCGAUAGAGUGGCUCCAGUUGCCACAAGAAGUCCUUCUACACAUCUUUACAUUCCUAUCUCCGACUGAGAAGGCAAAUGUGCGUGCAACGUGUACUUACUUGCGGACGCUGGUGGACCAUCCAUCUUUAUGGAAAAACAGUAUAAUAGUUUUCAAAAGUAUAGGAAUUUAUAAUGCAAGAUUCUGGGACACUCUUCAGAACCGUAAGAUCUGUUCAGUUGAAGUGAGCAAGGUGACCCUAAAACAAUUUAAAAAGAUGUCCAGUUCACUCCCAGAUAUUACCAAUGUUCGAAUGGACUCCUGUUUGAAGGGGGAGAUCCUGCAAGGACUGCAACCACUUUUAAAUCUCAAGCAGUUACAAUUGUCUGACUGCUCCAAUGUGACAGACCAUGAUCUAUUUACAGAAAUUGUUUUUUUCCAACUUCUUACACAUUUGUCAUUAUGCAGAGUGACUUUUUCAAGUGUUCUUCCACUAACCAGCAUUGUUUUACUGCAAAACUUGUAUUCCUUGUCACUCCAUUCAAAAGAAGGCAUUGUACCUGAAAGGGCUUUACAAUAUAUUUUGUUUCGAUUACCAAAACUCAGAGAGCUAUCGCUUGCUAUUGGAAAUAUGAAUAAAUGGAAGCUUUCUUUGUGCUUCAACAUGCCUGAUAACUUUGUUUCUGCUUUUGAAGAUAAACCCUGUAUUCCAAGGCUUCAACUCCACAAGCUUGAGCUGAUUAAUUGUGGCUGUGCGGGCCUCUCAACCAACGCUCUCAACCAGUUAUCUACACUCAAAAGUGUGUGUUUGAGGCACUUCAAAUAUCUGCAGCACGAAGACUUCAUAGAAACCAUACUCUUGAAGUUACCAAACCUAACAGAGCUGAAACUUGAAUGGGCUGCACCCUUUGAACCUUUAAUGUGCCCAAUAUCAUCUAAACUAGAAAACCUCAGUGUUGUGGGCACGCAAAUCUCCAAUGCUGCUCUAGCGUGGUUCUCAAAAAGUGCCAGUGGACUAAAGUGUUUGAAUUUAAAUUUUUCGUAUGGAUAUGAUGAAGAUGUUGUGAAAAAGUUCCCUUGUUUGUUUCCACAGCUGCAAAAACUCUACCUCAGUAAUACCAGGUUAACUGAAGAAUCCUUGCUUGUGUUGGCCAACCUUUACUCUCUGCAAGUGCUUGACAUCUCAAACAACCUGCAUCUGACACCAGAAGCUAUCCUCGCCUUCAGGAAAAUAACCUCUAACAGAAUUGGCUUAAUUCUUGAGAGACCAAUUGAAAGUGUAAAGUACUGCUGUUGGUGAAAUGGGCGGAGUCGAAUAUGGGAUUUGCUUUAUUUCUUCAUCCACUCUACUGAACAGCUGACCAAUGCUGCACUGCACUUUCCACUGCUGCCCAUAAGCACAUUAUUAAUUGGGAAAUCUAUUUUAUAGAGUUCAUGUGUUUUUGUUAUUUAUUUUGUAAAAAUGUAAAUGAACAAAUUUUGCUGCUCUUAACCCCUUUCCAACAGGGUUAUUAACAAAUGUGUAAGUUGUGAAUUCCAAAUUGUAGACCAAAGUAGCUGCAUUCAAAUAUGGCUCACUGCAUUUUUCCACUUCCGUUAUUGCGCCUGUUUAAAACUUUAUUUUGAAUUCCUUUUAAUUUACUAUUUAGUGACUGCCUUUGUUUGAAAAUAGGGUUAAAAGUAUAUCUUAUAUAACUUUUCUUCCUCCUCUAUAGAAUAUUCAUAACUGUUUCCAUAUAUACCCAGAACCAUAUUAAUGUAUAUGUUUGGGCAGAACUUGGGGGGAACCAUUUAGGUUAAUGCACCUAUAACCAAUGAUUCUUCCUAUCCUGCUCUCUGUUCCCUGGUAGAGGCAUACAUCAAUUAUUCUCAAAUUCCAAAUUGUCCCUUCAGAUGAGAGACUUCUGUGCCAUUUGCCACAGACUGCAAUAAUAGCUGAAUAAAUGAAUUCACCUGGUUUCUAAUGGCAUUGUAAAUGCAUUGUUCAGGCACACUGGGUGGAUCUUUAGCGAAGGGCCAGCAUAUACAGCAAAGCAGUGAUCUCGUGAAGAGAACCUUGUUUUGUGUGUCUGUGUUUCCAUGUGAACUGCUGCUUAGAACACAAUUGCUCUUCAAUGAAGCAAAUACUUUUUUGCAAUAUAUUCCAACGGUUUGUCAUAUUAGCUGAAGUAUGCUGUAGGAUACAUGGUUUAUUAUGAAUGGAGUAAAAUCAAGUUGAACGCUUGUUAACAGACUGAAUUAGUCACGGACCAAAAAUAGUCCAUCAGAAUACAGUCCUGUUGAAUAUUGUCAAAUGGCACAUGGCCAGCGUGGGAAUGAUCAUUUCCACCUGCUCCUAUAAGCAAUGGUAGACUGAAGGAAGGGGAUAGAGUGGAUCCUUACACUAUUGUUUUGUGGCAUGUAAGUAAAUAUCUUGGAGUGCAGCUUUUAGCCUUGUGGUCUUUAAAGGGGUAAUAUAGGCAUCAAAACAACUUUAGCAUAUUGAAUCAGUUUUAGUGUAUAGAUCAUGCCUUUGCAGUCUCACUGUUAAAUACUCUGACAUUUUGGAGUUAAAUCACGUUUACUUAUAUACAGCCUAACCAAACCUCCUCUAGUUAUGACUGACACAACCUGCUUUACAAAAAUGGUUUAAUGCUCAAUAAGAUGCUAACUAGCUUUUGAAGUGUGUAUCUUCUGCUCUGAAAAUCAAACUUUAAUCACACACAGAGGGCUGUGGCAGGGUAUAGAAGAUUAUCUAUUAACAGGGCAGGGUAUACGAUUCUAAAGUAAACAGAAUGUGUAAUAAAUGAAGUGUAAACAUUAGAUGACUCUUUACAGAAAGUGUUCAGGAAGGCUGUGCAAGUCGCAUGCAGGGAGGUGUGACUAUGGCUGUAUAAACAAAGGGAUUUAACUCCUAAAUGGCAGCUAAUCGAGCAGUGAGACUGCAGUGGAAUGCUCUAUACACCAAAACUGCUUAAUUGAGCUAAAUUUGUUUUGGUGCCUAUAGCGUCACUUUUAACUUUAUUUCAUUGCCUAAAACCUUAACCUAUUGUUUAACUGCUCCCUAACUGAAGUGUAGAUAGAAAGUGUGUGCCUGAAACUGUAAGGUAACAUGAAUUCAUUCUGUUUCUCCAAUUUCUUGAUGGAGCAUAACAGAAUAUAAAAACAUUCAACCUAUGCAAGCAAUGGCUGCCUAGCCUGUAGCACAUUUCCAACAGAAUAGAUUUUAUAUGUAACCUGUUUCUGUUACACUCUACUCUCUUCUCAAAAUAUUAGUCCAGAGUUUAGGCUGCUUGCUGAAAAUGAACUAUGGCUUGUCAAUACAUGUUGCACAAUUAGGUGGUAAACUUUAGAGUAUAGAUCAGUGGGUGUAGGUAUUAAAGUGUGAAUACUCAGGAAUAAAAGAA